UUUCUUCCUCUUUCCUUAUCUCUCCAUCUUUGUGGAGAGACAAAAAAUGUAAAAGAACAUUCUUGAUAUCUUUAGUAUUCAGAAACUUCUUCAAUCUUGCACAUUGCUUAAGCAUUAGCUGAUUAAAAAGAAAAAAGCUCAAAUCUUUCUCUCUUUCGCUUUGAAUUUGGUCUCGUAUUAUGAUAAUGCCGCUCAAAGCCGUCGUUUUUGCGGCGUUCCUGUGUUUGAUUUUCCUGUCACCGUUGGCCGUCGGAAUACGGACGCUUCCGGGGAGGAUCACGACUACCGGCGGCGGAAGAAAUGAGUUUAAUAAACUUGGUCCGUUCAUGGAGGCUCCGGAAUACAGAAACGGCAAGGAGUGCGCAUCGUCGUCAGUGAACAGAGAGAACUUCGUGUCGUCGUCUUCCAAUGAUCCCUCCCUCGUCCACAUCGCAAUGACUCUGGACUCAGAGUACCUCCGUGGCUCAAUCGCAGCCGUCCAGUCCGUUCUCCGCCACGCGUCGUGCCCCGAGAACGUCUUCUUCCAUUUCAUCGCCGCCGAGUUCGACUCGGCAAGCCCACGUGUUCUGAGUCAACUCGUCCGGUCGACUUUCCCGUCGCUGAACUUUAAAGUCUACAUUUUUAGGGAAGACACGGUGAUCAACCUGAUAUCGUCGUCGAUCAGACAAGCCCUGGAGAAUCCGUUGAACUACGCUCGUAAUUACCUCGGAGACAUACUCGAUCGAAGCGUGGACCGAGUCAUCUACCUCGACUCGGAUGUGAUCGUGGUCGACGACAUCACCAAGCUGUGGAACACUGAGUUGACCGGGUCACGUGUGAUCGGAGCUCCGGAGUAUUGCCACGCGAACUUCACGCUGUACUUUACUUCCAACUUCUGGUCAGACCCUGUUUUACCGGGUCUAAUAGCGGGUCGAACACCUUGCUAUUUCAACACGGGGGUGAUGGUGAUGGAUAUGGUUAGAUGGAGAGAAGGAAAUUACAGAGAGAAGCUAGAGAAAUGGAUGCAACUUCAGAAGAAGAAGAGAAUCUACGAUCUUGGAUCUUUACCACCGUUUCUGCUUGUGUUCGGAGGGAAUGUGGAGGCAAUCGAUCAUAGAUGGAACCAGCACGGUCUAGGAGGAGACAACAUACGAGGAAGCUGUCGGUCUCUGCAUCCUGGUCCUGCGAGUUUGUUGCAUUGGAGUGGGAAAGGGAAGCCAUGGGUGAGACUUGAUGAGAAGAGGCCUUGUCCGUUGGAUCAUCUCUGGGAGCCAUACGAUCUGUAUAAGCACAAGAUUGAAAGAGCUAAAGAUCAGUCUCUGCUUGGGUUUGCUUCUUUGUCGGAGUUAACAGAUGAUUCAAUCUUUUUGUGAGAGUUAAAAAAAAAGAGUUACUACAUUCAUUACAGAUUUUACAAUACAUUUUGUUCAGGUGAUUCUUUGAUUUUCUGGUGUACAAAUCGAUUUUAGAGAGGGAGAGGAUAUAGAAGCUAUGGAAGCCAUUGAUGAACCCUUCAUUGAGAUAUCUUUGUUUCAUUUUUGGUGCUCCUGUGUUUCAAUAUUUUGCUCUUAAUAAGACUCAUCUUCAUGAAAAAA